GGUCACCAAUAAUAGGCGCCAAUCACGGAAUUUAUUAUCGCCCUGGUCGUCGUCACUCGUUAUUGCAUUAUUAACAAUUAUUAUUUCAUUCCGUUCGUCGAAUUUAUUAUUCUAUUUAUAAUGUAAAAAUCAUAAUUCUCAAAAGUUCAAAGUACGUCGACGAUAUUUCCCGUUUUCUCACUGGCGAUUUCUUUGGUCUCUAUCAAUAAUUUCGUGACAAUUUUAUCACAGACCGUAUACCUUAUUAGUUGUUACCCACUACCUUUCGAAUUUCGAUUAUCGCGUCAUUCGUAGGUGGGAUGUUAUUAUACUAAUCUGUAGAUGGGAUCCUCUGACCCGAUCGCCGACGUUCGCUAAGUCGUAAUUAAAUAACACCCAAUUCUUCGAUUGUCGAUAGAAAUUAAUAGUUUUCUAAUAACUGUACUAUUAUUUACUGUUUAUUAUAAUAUAUUAUUCUCAUUACACAUCGUAUUGUGUGCUGUGCUCGCGAGUGACGCACGACGGCGACGAUCAUACGCCAUAUUGAUCGCGUAACUCGUUAUCAAUAUUUUAUUAUUAUUGUGUUCGGUGUUUGUUUUGGGUCUCGCGCCGAUCAGCCACACGCCGACACCGCACGACGGACAAGUGUGAACUGUGAUAAAAAAAAAAUAAAAAAAAAAUAAUAAUAAUUGGCUGUAACACGACAACGGAGCUCGAAACGCAGCCGCCGCCGCCCGCCGUAUACGGUAGACGGAAGUCCUUUUCACGACUUUGUUUCAAUUCUACUUUAGUAUUCCGUAGGCCGUUCUCGUUUGCGGCGGUGUUUCCCCCGUCUGCCGCGUCCGUCACCCUCGUCGACGCAGUUAGAUAGUAGUAACAAUCGCGUUAAUAACAAUAGCUGUUGUAUUCUCGUUAUUGUCGAUUGCCGAUCGUGAAAAAAAAUGACGGACACGAAACCAUUGCUGGACAACGGCGAUUUGACCGCCCAAAAAGCGUCGGAAGCAGAUUCUCCUUCAUCAUCCAUUAUUAUUGAUUCCAAUACAUUAUCUACUAAUGUACCAAAUGAAAAUUCAGAUUUUACAGUCCCCGAGAUGGGGCCUGAAAAUGCGGCUUCUAAAGUGACAUGUAGAGUUUGUCAAGAAAUGAUUGAUGUUAUUGGUAAAAGAGAACAACAUGUUGUGAAAUGUAAUCGUUGCAAUGAAGCUACUCCAAUAAGAAGUGCUCCAGCAGGCAAGAAAUAUGUACGCUGUUUGUGUCAUUGUCUUUUGAUUUGUAAAAGUACAUCACAACGUAUUGCUUGUCCUCGUAUAAAUUGUAAAAGAGUUAUAAACUUGGCGCCAAGUCCUGUAACACCGCCGAUUCCUCAAGUUCCGGGCAUGUGUCGUGUUACUUGUGUGCACUGUCAGGAUACAUUCCUUUUUAACAUGUUACAAAACGCAUUGGCUAGAUGCCCACAUUGCCGUAAAGUGUCUUCUGUUGGCCCUGAAUUUGCCAAAGCAAAAGCCAUAUUUUUCCUCAUUUUAUCUGUAAUACUGUUUAUUAUUGGUGGGGGUGUUGUAUUCUUUACAUACUCAAAUGCAAAGGCCCAUAGCGGUUAUUUUAUUAUUCAUAUUGGAAUCCUCAUAUUAACACUUUUAGCACUUUGGAAAUGUGUAUAUUAUUGCCGAAUUAAAGUCAGCUCUAUUGAUGGACCAGUUUAAAGUAUAAGUUGUAUCAUUAGAAUAUUGGUCUUUUUAAAUGUUAAAAAAAAUUAUUUUAUAUUAUGGUAAAUAAUUAUUGUAGUUUUAUACCAAUUGUUUUAUUAUUAUUAUUAUUUUUUUUUUAAUAUUAAAUGUAUUUGUUGAAUCUUAUUAUAUGAAGAAAAUGAUUCUAUUUACAAGUGUACACUUGUGAAGUGAUGUUGAAUAAUAAUAAUAAUUCCAUAUUA